AUGGCUUUCGGAAUCCUCGAGGACAAAAAGCUCGCCCAUGUGCCUGGCACCGCGCAGAUCGAAGACAUCUUGAACGACGGUCUUCACGUCGCUGACGCCGCUGCUGCAAAUCUGAAGCAUGCAACGGGCAAGAACAGCCAUAUCAUUCUUGUCCCUCAGCCGUCUGAUGAUCCAAAUGAUCCUCUAAACUGGUCUAUCGUCCGCCGCGAUAUCCUCUUCCUCAUCCAUUCCUUUGGUUACAUUAUCAAUUCCGGAGUUUCCGGCCCCAUCCUUUCCGCCGGAGCUCUCGACGAGGCUGCCGAACUUGGCGUCACCCUCACCGACAUUGCUCUUCUCACCGGAUACCAGCUUCUCGUCAUCGCGUGCUGUCGGAUCAUCCAGGGUCUCGGGAACAUUGCUUACGAGAGUAUCGUCAUCUCUGUCAUCGGUGAUCUCUACUGUCUCCACGAACGUGGUCUGCGUCUCGCGGUCUUCAACUUUUGCUUUGGAGGCAUUAAUUGCUUCACCUCUGUCAUCUCCGGUCCUAUCGUCACAAACUUGGGAUGGCACUGGCUAUUCUACAUCGACGUCAUCUUCGUAGCUGCGCAGUGCCUCUUAAUGUGCUUCUGGGGCACCGAGACAACCUACAUCCGCGAAGCCAAAUACGAAAUUGACGUCGCCGGUGACGAGAUCUUUGACGAUAUUGACAAACUCGCUGCCGAGCACUUUGAAGGCGACUCCAAGACUCCCGCAGAAGACGCUCCGACUACUACCGCCGACGCGGAGAAAGCUGUUCAGAACAGCUCGCAGAAUCCGAUCCCGGCCAAGAAGACGUAUUUGCAGUCUAUCAUGCCUUACCACGGCCGUUUCUCAGAUGAGAGUAUUAUCAAGCUUAUGAUCCGUCCCUUUGCUGUCUUUCUCAAUCCCGGAAUGACUUGGAUCAUCCUGGCAAUGUCGAUCCCCCUCGCAUGGAUUGUCAAUAUCAAUUACUGCAUGUCGCAGCUUUACGGAGCUCCGCCAUAUAACAUGACCGCAGAGCGCCUAGGUUUCUUAGCCGCUGGUCCCUUGAUCGGUGGUUUCCUGGCCUCGCUCUUCUUCUUCGUGAUCAACAAUCCAAUGACUCUCUGGAUCUCUCGCAAGAACAAUGGCGUGUUUGAGCCCGAGUUCAAGCUCCCUGUUGGUGUUAUCCUCGGCACGAUCUGCCUGGCGAUCGGAUGUUUUGGCUUCGGUAAUGCCUAUCACAAUCGUCAAUCUGCAAUCGUCGCUGCGGUCAUGUACGGGUUUGUGUGCGCGGGCUCGACGACGAUGGCCAUCACCGCGAGUAACUACAUGAUCGACGCCUACCGAGAGUUCUCGGUCGAGGUCAUCAUCGCGACCAUGUCGCUCAAGAACUUUAUCUUUUACGGCUUUUCGUAUUUCUUCAACAACUGGGUCGCGAACUCGGGACCCGAUAUCGUCUUUGAUGUGUUGGGAGCUGUCGCGGUGUUCACGUCGCUGGUCAUCAGUAUCCCGCUGUAUAUAUAUGGAAAGAGAAUACGAAGCUGGUGGCAUCGCGCCAAGCUUUUUGAGAGGCUUAAACUUGCGUAAGGCGAUUGAGAUGCGGGGGGAUACUGGGAUAUUGUUUAUCGUUCAUCGUGGAUUAUGAAGAGUUGAGUCGGGACAGACUGUUGUUGACUGUGUUUAUAUAUAACUCGAGUGGUUGCGAAUAAAAUAACAUCAAUCGAAGACGUGCUCAUGGCAUGAUAAACCAGACUAUGCGCACCUCGUCGUCUGAUAACGUCGAGUUGAUUGCCGAGACGAUUGACUAGCGAGCCGCUACAGCGGGG